GACCUCUCACCCUCCCGUUCAGUUUCUCUGGUGGGCUCUACCAUUAAGAAACAUCCAAACUAUCUAACUCUCGAAAAUUUUGAGUUUUUGGAUGAGCUCACACCCGAAGAAACGCACACCAUUGAAAGAAAAUUUGACCAUCUUAAUAAGAAUCCACCAAACCGUAAUAACGAUUGGAAAAAGGAAGUUGGACAUGUGCACCCUUGGGUUCAGAAUGUUUACAAAUCUCUGGCGGCAAUAUGGGAAGGCCUUGCCAUUAUCCGGGAUGCGCAUAAUGGUGGUCCUAGUGGUAGCAUUUAUGCGGAUCAUUACCUCACAUACACGACGUGGCAGGAUUUAUACACUCAAAGAGAAAUCGAUUGGGCAAAGUGCUACGCAUUUGAGGACAAAUUGGAAUGGUCGAGUUCCUCCCUAGACCAAGCAAUGGUUCAGUGUCACAGAUACUCCAGGUAUUUCUUCGACACGGGUGAGAAUAGUACGUAUAAAUACAUCUCAAUCAUUACCAACGGUUCCAAGUAUGCACUUUGGUAUUCAUACUUGAACGAGGAAGGUGAUAUGUUCGGUGGCUUGACGGACAGCAUCGAGUGGUGCAAGGAAACGCUGCUGAUUGUCGGACGUGUCUUCAAGUCUUUCGCCCAAGCUAACAUUAACAGACUCCGUGCUAAUGCCUCUCCACGAGAGCUCGAAAGCUUUUUUCCCAGCAAAGACAUUGCGAACGUCGAUUCUCCUAAUACAACAUCUAUCUCAUUCCCCCGUCGACAUGUGAACAUAAAUAAAGGUUUAUACGACGUGAUUCUGGAAUGGGCAGUAAACCGCUCUCAAUUCGGUCUCCCGAUCGUGUCGACAAGUAUCG